AUGAAUAAUAUAAAUAUCAUAAUUUGUAUUUAACUUAGAAAUACUACAUAUUUUCUAUGUUAUAAUAAUAUUAGAAAAAUUGUAAUUACUUUGACUGAAUUACAAAAUAUUAAUAAUUAUUGCUUACAAUAAACAAAUACUACUAAGAGAAUUGAAUUCAAUAUAAUAUGUUAUAGUAUAAGAAAUACAUCAGCAAAUAAAUAAUUGAAUAAAAUGGAAGAAUCUGAUAGAAAUUAUAAUCUGAUAAUCCAUUUAAUUAGAAUUAUAGUGUCGAUAAUUAAAUAGGAAUCAAUAGAAAAGCUAAUUUAUCUUAUUAUAUAUUUUGUGAUUUAAUUCUGUAGGAUUCUAAUGAAUAAAUUAACAAAUUAAAUAAAUUGA